AUGGGGGGCUUUAGCAUGAACAAGGUGCUGGGCAACUUAAAAAAACGACAGACAUUUGGUGGAUCGACGGGCAGCGUUGACGAAACACCGAUCGAUCACGCAAACGAUACACCCGAUUCCAUUGCCGUGCGCUGUGUGGGAGAUGAUGUGGUAUUCCUUCCCUCGAUCGUCGAGGCUACCGUUGCCUCCCCGGCCGCCGCUGCCGAAUCCGCCCGCCUGAUCCGCAAGUUCCUGCAGCGCGACUACUGGUCGAAACCAUCGUGUCAAUAUAAUGCCAUCAUGCUCGUCCGGAUCCUCGCCGACAACCCGGGCCCGGGUUUUACAAAGUUCAUGGACAAGAAGUUCAUUGAUGCCACCAAGGAGUUGCUCAGAUCUGGAAGGGAUGCGAGCGUGCGCCAAAUCCUGAUGGAGACGCUGGACUCGUUCGAGACCAACAAAAGCCUCGACGAGGGGCUAGCCCCGAUGAUCGACAUGUGGAAAAAGGAGAAAGAGAAGGCUUACAAAACCUAUGGGGGAAUGUCUGGUGUACCAGUCCAGCCGUCGAUGAUGAUGCCACCGCCGGGCUUCAACCCAUACCCUCAGCAUCAACCCCAGGCUUACUAUCCUCGGCCGGGCCACAGCAAGCGUCUUCCGGACCCAAUCGAGCUCACAAACCGGUUAGAAGAAGCGCGGUCGUCCGCCAAACUUCUAGAACAAGUUGUCGCGUGCACCCCCGCCUCUGAAUUCCUUUCCAACGACUUGAUCAAGGAGUUCUCGGACCGGUGUACGAGCGCAUCCCGCAGUAUACAGGGCUACAUGGCAGCCGAGAACCCCGGGCCGGAUAAUGACACGAUGGAGAGCCUCAUCGACACCAACGAACAACUCCAGCAGGCGCUGAACCACCACCGCCGCGCCCUGCUACAAGCCAAGAAGCAGCUCGGCCUCGGAGACAACCGGGCCAGCACCUCCAGCCCAGCGCCGCACCUCCCAUCACCGAUCAACCAGCCGAGCUCCGUGCCACCCGUCCCAGCCAGGAAAGCAGUCGGCGGAGGAGGAACAGGGGGCAACGGCAAGGGCAAAGCCUACCUCGACGCGCACGAUUACAGCAGUAGUAGCGCAGCCAUCGCCGGCCCGUCGCGCUCAGCGAGCGGCACACCUCACCGCCACAGCACCGACGACGACGAUGACAGUCAGGACCCUUUCCGUGACCCGCCGGCCGAGUCCCACUACACAGCGGCAGCAGCCGGCGGCUCCUCAUCCCGGCCGGGAGCCGGUAGCGCGCUGGGCGGCGACCGCGGCCCGCCGCGGCUGUCAUUUGAGCCGUUCCAUCCCGGGUUUGGCGGUGGCUCGUCCUCGGGGCCGGCGGCUGAUAAGGGGAGGGCGGAGCCCGUGACGCCCGUGUCGGACGAUGGGACGGACGUGUACAGGGCGACGCCGAAACAGGAUGGGGGGCAUGUCUAUCGGUACUAG